GAUGCGCUCGCCAUGGGCAAGAAAGCCGGUGACGCUGAGCAGGCUGGACGCCUCCCUGAGACGUCAACCAGCAACGGCGCCGCGGUUCGUCGAUGCACCGCUCAAGUGGGCGCGGCUCUCAGCGCUAAGUGCGUCGUCGCGUUGAUCCUCGGUGCCGUCGUCUUCCUCUCGGCCUUCUUCAUGCUCCUUCAAUUCCGAUCACCGGGGAACAGCGUGCCUGAUGCCCCCGGCACACUCAUCGAUGAAAUUCAGGCUGGUUUCAUCUUGUUGAAGCCACUUGCGCAACUCGCUCCACAUGCCGCGGAGCUACAACAAGAGAUAAACCGUCAAAUUGGAGUCCCCAACACUACGGUUUCCGUCUCUAUGCAGGCAUUAUUCUUGAGCUUCACUGUUGUAGAAUUUGAUGUUCUUCCUGACCCAAUAAACACCUCCAUAAGUGCGCGAUCCAUGCACGCAUUGAGGAAAAACUUGAUCCAGCUUACACUUCAGCAGCUGAAUUUAUCGCUGACACCAUCGGUCUUCGGAUAUCCAUUGUGCGUACAGAUGCUGGGGUUCCCAGGAGGGAUCACAAUAGAAUUAGAACCCCUACAGGAUGAUUCCAUUCUACAAGUUGCACAGCCUAUUUUCAAUGUCACGCUUGACAUGAGCAUUCGCCAAUUGAGGGGACUGAUUGAGGAAAUGAAGGAGGAUCUUGGGCAUUUACUGGAUGAGGACAUAUACAUAGAUCUGACAAAUAAGAAUGGCUCAACGAUUGCCCCACCAGUUAUAGUCCAAGUUUCCCUCUCCCCAGAUGACCGCGGCGUUUAUGAAGAAAUGGGGAGGCUGAAACAGCUGGCUGAAAUCAUCACAGAAUCAAGUUCAAUGAACCUUGGCCUAGACCCAUCGGUUUUUGGUAGAAUCAAGGAUCUCAAGUUGGCUCCACGUCUGCAAGCCCUCGUUCCAUCAUUUGCUCCUAGCUCAUCUCCAACGCAAAUGUCAUUCACUUCCAUGCCUCCAUAUUCACAGCCAAUGCCAUCCCCUUCCAUGCCUCCAUAUUCACAGCCAAGUAGAACCAAUCUUUGUGCACAUUGUUCAUGCCCUGCUUGGAUGAAACUAAAUGCAACCAAUCCACAUCGCGUGUUAAUGCAACUUCCUCCAAUGACAAUCUCUCUUCAAUUACCAACACAGCGUCAUAGCGGGAAUGGACCUGGGCACAAGCAAAGUGGCAAUGCAAUGGCCGCACCAACCUCCAUUGCGCCAUCAUCCCAACCGUAGUAAUAAGGUACUUGUACAGUCGAGCAAGAUUCAAGUUCCAAUUGGAAUUCUACAAAAGCAGGCCUCUCAGCCUCAGGCAGAUCAGAAUUUGCAUGUUAAGACUAUUUUGCAGCUUAUAUUACAGUGCAACACUUCGAUAACAUAUCGCGAGUUGCACCAAGGUUGGGAAUUUGGGAUGUAGCAACUCUAUGCUUAAACUAACGUCCUAUUUUGUAAGAAAUCUAGGCGAAGUUUAAUUACAGACCUAUACUCACAUGAAACCCGGACAAAUCCCAAGGUCCAUGUAUAGUAGAAUUAGCAAGUUACAGCUACAAAAGUGGCUAGCCACCAUAUGUUCCUAAAGACAUGUUCUUGGUUGUUUAUCUGUUCAGAUAACCAUUUUUUCCCCAGGCAGGUCAUGCAUUUGCAUACGCCAGACAUUGCUCUUAUCUCCAAGAGCCCCUUGGAUA